UUAGGUUCAGUAUUGCAUUCAUAGUCCGGUUGAUAAGCACGCUUAUAGCAUUUAUAAAUAAACAAAUGAACAAAAACAUUGAAAUUUGUGAACAGAAAAAAACAAAAAAUAAUAAAAUCUUGGCAAGUGUAAAACUUUUCGGGUAAAGAAAGUUUGUGGUGUCUAAGUUGGAAAGUUUUGUUUGUGCUUCGAAAGCUCUCUUUGAAAAUGAUCAAAUUAACAAGUGAAGCCAUGAAGAUAGGAUUCAUCGGAGGCGGUAGGCUGGCCUUUGCUCUGGCCAAUGGUUUCAUCUCAGCUGGUUUGGCUAAGCCUGACGAGAUCACAGCCAGCUGUCAUCCUGCUGAUAAAACGAGUGCUGAAGCAUUUAAGCAACUCGGAGCGACAACUCUCUUCGAAAAUAAGUCGGUGGUGGAACGAUCAGAGGUGGUGAUCGUGUCGGUGAAGCCUGACGUGGUGGGGCCUGCGCUGCGGGACGUGCGGGACCUGCCCGCCAGCAAGAACAAGCUCUUCAUAUCUGUCGCUAUGGGAGUCACUACUGCUACUAUCGAGAAGACACUUCCUUCGGAAGCGCGCGUGAUCCGCGUGAUGCCCAAUACGCCAGCGUUGGUUAAACAAGGAGCCGCAGCGCUAAGCAGAGGUUCCCGGGCCACGGCUCAUGAUGCCAUGCUUGCUGCCAAACUGUUCAGAGCAGUAGGCACCUGUGACGAGGUUCCUGAGUAUCAGAUGGAUGCUGUCACUGCUUUGAGCGGGAGCGGACCGGCUUAUAUAUACAUGCUGAUAGAAUCGCUAGCAGACGGCGGGGUGCGGUGCGGGCUGCCGCGGGAGCUGGCGCUGCGGCUCGCGGCGCAGACGACGCUGGGCGCCGCCACCAUGCUGCAGGAGGGGCAUCCCGCCGUGCUGAAGGACAAUGUUACCAGUCCCGCUGGCUCCACCGCAGAGGGAACCUAUCAUUUGGAGAAGAAUGGUUUUAGAGCCGCUGUGAUAGGUGCAGUGAAGGCCGCCUCGGACAGAUGCAAAGUGGUCAAUCAACAGUUAAAUAAUUAAAAUAUAAUAAAUCGUAGGAAGUACUUAUUAGUUAAGUCAAAGAUAUUUCUUAUGGUUUUAUUAUUACUUAUUUCUAUAAAUGUGAUAUGCUUACCUACCUGCUUAUUGUGAAUUACCUAUGAACAUGAAAUUAGAAACAAACAAAUAUAUGAUAAAUAUGUAAUUUAUCUACUGUGAAUACUUUAAGAAGAGAAAUAAAUAUUUUAUUUUUUAGAUAA